UUCCAUGGAGGCGGAUCGGUUAGACUCGUCCGAAAUGUCCAAGAUGCAAGGGAGGGAAGGACUUUCGCCAGAGGACACGUCCUUCUGCUGGAGUCAGAUACUGUAACGAGAACCAUGGACGGAUGAAGUCCAUCUCAUGAGGUUGACACCGGAGUCAAACCCUUGCUUGCCCGGCCCAGAUGCAAAUUCAACGUGAAUGCGUUGUGAAAAGUUGAUCGGUCGCAAAGACAUUACAUUCUCAUGUGGCUGGCUGUGGGGGGCGUAGUUCUCAUGACUUCUGUAGCCAGGGUGGUGUGACGGGUGCUGGUAAUAGUAAGCUUGGUGGCCAUAGCCUUGUGCCCCGUAUCAUCCUCAUUGUUUAAUCUCCUCGCAGGGCCAUGGAUGGAGAAAUGCCUCAAGCUGAAAAGGAGCACGAGGAGCCUUCUAAACGAAAGCUACCCAAAUGACUUUUUUUUAUUUGCAGCGUGUUUAGAAGAAGCCUAGAUGCUCUCGUAUCUCUUGCGUGCAUUAAUGUGUUCAUGCCUGCGAUGGAGGUGCACUGGAGGUGAAAACUGGCGCAAAGCAAGGGAGGGAGAAGGCCUCGGGCCCAGAUAUUCCCUCGAUGUCAUGUCGAAACGGGCAGAGUGUACAAAAGUGUAAAAUAAAAGGGUCUGUGUUGGAUUAGAAUCCACGACUGGGUAAAAUCCAUUUUGAAUGCGGUCGGCCCUUGAAAGCAUGAGGGUAUACUCCGUCGGCCAGUAGAUCGGAGCGCAUUCUGGGUCACGUUUUCAUGACAUCAAGUGAAGAGCGGGGGCUGGGCUGACUCAUGCGCUCUUCGGAUAAUCGGAUCACACCAUUCUCGUCGCAUGCUUGCAUCCAGCGACAUGCAUCGGGCCACUAUUUGGAAUAAGAUCCUGCACAAUUCGUUCUCACGAGCAAAUCCCUGAUGAAGACGAUUCUCAUGAAUACGUCUAUUUGUAAGACGACAGAAUAAUCGCGCUCCAUUAUUAAACUUGCAACAGGCUCGGGCCUCUUGAAGCUCAGAGGGCGCAUGAUAUUUUCAUGGGUAACGCCGAACUGGUAUGGCAGAUGAAUUAUGUGCUGCGCGGCCUACAGUGCGCCUCUGGAGGGCUCGCUUCCACCACAAAUCUGCUGCGUGUACUUCUUCCGGGGCGAGGGUCUGCCCUUUUAAAAAAUCAAUUUCGCCUUCGGUCCUUCGCCAUGACGAUCCAGGAGAGGCCAAGAGAUUCGCGCUAACCGAUUGAUUCCGAGCGUGAACCCAGAACGCUUCGACGGGCCGAAGCGUAAGCGAAGCUCGUGUUCUUGUUCAUGUUCAUGGGCCGGAGACCGCAGGACCUGUGCUACUCGCGCAACCGGGCAUGGUGUUUGGGUAUGGUUGUUUCGAGAAAAGAAGAUUCUGAGGCCGAGGACAGAUGAGUGCGGAGGGAGGGACGGAGGGGGAUCAAAUCUUCACAUCUCUCGCUACGAUGGGGGCCUAAAACCGGAAACUGUGUCCGCAAAAAUCAUGUCUUCGAGGUCCGACCUUCUUCUUCAUGUCAUGGCACAUGUCCGGGACCUGCUUCCGGACAAAGCCCCUCGACCUCGCUCAUUCCAUAUCCUCCUGCUUCGCACAACAGUGACGCGCCCUGAACGGGACGAGCCGACCUCAGUAGCAGCACACUUGUGUACAGACGAGCUCAGCUCGCCCUCAGCUGUACAUCGCCUACAUCUCUCGUAUAAUUGUAUGGCGCUUCGUUCCGUAUGUGAACGAGGGGACGAGGACGAGGAGAAGUGGAAGGAAUGAUGAUUAGAAUAUUAAUAAUAAUAAUAAGAAGAAGAAGACGGCUCCGGGGGCAAUUAGCGGAAAGGCUCGAAGCAGUACGGUAGCGAUCGUAAGUCAAAUUGGCAGAAAAUGGUAAAUUAAGAGGAAAAAGCGGCCGAACAACUCCUCGCGUUUAUGGAGACGCGGAACGAUAAAUGGGUUGGCAUUUGAAUCACAUCGCUCUCGAAAGUCAAAAUGCUCGAGCUCUGCCGGUGUGUCAUGAAUCAUAUGGAGCCACAUAAUUGGUCCAAUUCGUGUAUUUAUAGAUUUUAUUUCCUACUUUCUGCGCGAGACACUUGUACAUCACUUUACAACAGCGUCGCAGAUCGUAGCCCUGGCGCUCGAGAACAUAGCCCCUCUUACUUGUCCGUCC